UUUGGUCAAAAUUGAUGUGCACACACAGCCUCAUCCCGACUUUCUAUUUAUUACUGCAAAAACGUGCAGCUUACUGUCAAAAUAAUGGCUUCUGUGCUGCGUUCUUCUCCCUGUCUUCAAUUCAAAUCACAAUCUCACUUAUUUACUCAACCCAUUGGCCGCCGCAGCUCUCUCCGUCUAGCUCUCUCUGCGCCUGACACCCGAACCGCCGCUGUGGUGGGGCGUGAUUCAGAGCAGCAACCGUUACUCGUGGUCAAAGAUUUAACGGCGGUUAUUGCCGAAUCAAAGCAGGAGAUUCUCAAGGGUGUUAAUCUUGUGGUCCGUCAAGGAGAGAUUCAUGCGAUUAUGGGAAAAAAUGGUUCUGGAAAGAGCACCUUUUCUAAGGUUCUUGUUGGACAUCCAGAUUAUGAAGUGACGGGAGGAAGUGUUGUGUUUAAAGGGGAAGACUUGCUUGAGAAGGAGGCGGACGAAAGGUCUCUGGCUGGCCUUUUUAUGAGCUUCCAAUCCCCAGUUGAGAUACCAGGGGUCACCAAUAUCGACUUUCUUAAUAUGGCUUUUAAUGCUCGAAGAAGGAAGCUUGGUCUGCCGGAGCUUGGUCCUCUGGAGUUCUAUGGCUAUCUAGCUACCAAACUCGAGCAUGUCAACAUGAACACCGACUUUCUAAACAGAAAUGUUAAUGAAGGAUUUAGUGGCGGUGAAAGGAAGCGCAAUGAGAUUUUACAACUUGCGGUUCUCGGUGCAGACUUGGCAAUUUUAGAUGAAAUUGAUUCAGGAUUGGAUAUUGAUGCACUUAAAGAUGUUUCCAACGUGGUGAAUACAUUUUUGGGACCACAAAACUCUGUUUUGAUGAUAACCCAUUACUUACGCCUUUUGGAAUUUAUUCAGCCUACGCACAUUCAUAUCAUGGAGGAUGGGCGAAUUGUAAGGACGGGGGAUAUCUCAAUAGCAAAGGUUCUUGAAAAGGAAGGUUAUAAAGCAAUCUCUCCCCAAUAACUGCGGACCAAUUACUUCAAGAGCAGGUCUAAAGCUUCCGCGGGCAGCAUUUUUGACGAGUUGGAGACUCGUAAUUGGCAAGGAGGAUGAAUCUCUAUUCUACACUGGCCGUGAAGCUGUUGGUCUACAACUCGGUUUUCUGACAAUUUUGAUCAUAUGUCGGAUAUACUGGAGUGGAAUGUAUAAUAUGUAUGUCGAAAGUAUAUUGAUAAGUGCAAGAUAGUACGUACCCCGAGGAGUGGCCUUGGGCUUUGUAUUUAGAGGAAAUUACACCCUAUACUCUUAAAACUAUUAUCUUUGCAUAUGUACCUGGUCAAAAUAAACAAUAUCACGCGUGCUCCUUUUUAACAUUUCAUUUUCAAAAUUUCUCCUUUUUUGUA